CAGCUACAGGUACAUUUCCUUUUCCUUCCUUAUCUACGCCCUUGGGAGGCCAGCCGUACCUCCGUUCUAAACCUCCUGGUCAGUUGUUUGCUGCCCGACACGCCGCAGCCUCCAGCUCGACGGUAUUAAGUACAUUUACAAUGCUGUGCAACCAGCCCCACCAUCCAGCUCCGAAACUCUUUCAUCAACAGAAGCUCUGAACUCACUGCUCCUCCCCAUGGAUUUGCUCAGCUGGGCCAAGAUAAGGAGCUCCUGGCACCAUUAUCUCCCCAGCCUGUUGCUGCAGCUGCUUUUGGCCCUGUGUUUCUUCUCCUACCUGCGUGUGUCCCAAGACAAGUCCAUAUGGUCCCCUAAGUUGGAGCCCACAGCCGGGGAACCUCUCACCCCCAGGCCCAAUGGGUCGGCAGGGCAGGCGUCCCCCGCCCGCCCGCCCCUGCUGCUCCUGCUAUGGACUUGGCCUUUCCACAGCCCCGUAGAGCUGUCCAGCUGCUCGAAGAUGUGGCCUGGCACGCCCGACUGCCAGCUGACUGCCAAUCGCAAAGCGUACCCUCGGGCGGAUGCCGUCCUCGUGCACCACCGGGAGGUCAGCUCCAGGCCGAGGGCGCAGCUCCCGCCCUCCCCGCGGCCGCCCGGCCAGCGCUGGGUCUGGUACAGCAUGGAGUCGCCCAGCCACUGCCCACAGCUGAAGGCCCUGGACGGCUUCUUCAACCUCACCAUGUCCUACCGCCGAGACUCGGAUGUCUUCACGCCAUACGGCUGGCUCGAGCCAUGGCCCGGCCAGCCGGCCAACACGGCGGUCAACCUCUCGGCCAAGACGGAGCUGGUGGCCUGGGUGGUGUCCAACUGGAGGGCAGACUCCGUCAGGGUGCAGUACUACCAAAAGCUGCAGGCUCACGUCAGGGUGGAUGUGUACGGGCGCGGCCACAAGCCUCUGCCCUCGGCGGUCAUGAUGGAGCGGCUGGCCCAGUACAAGUUUUACCUGGCUUUCGAGAACUCUCUGCAUCCCGACUACAUCACAGAGAAGCUGUGGAAGAAUGCCCUGCGGGCCGGGGCCGUGCCUGUGGUGCUGGGCCCCAGCAGGAGCAACUACGAGCAGUUCCUGCCGCCCGAUGCCUUCAUCCACGUGGACGACUUCCAGAGCCCCAGGGACCUGGCCCAGUAUCUGCUGGCGCUGGACCAGGACGAUGCCCGCUACCUGAGCUACUUCCGCUGGCGGGAGACACUGCGGCCUCAGUCCUUCAGCUGGGCCCUGAUGUACUGCAAGGCCUGCUGGCGGCUGCAGCAGGAGUCCAGCUACCAGACAGUGCCCAGCAUAGCCUCUUGGUUCACAUGAGCCUCCAGCCGAGGGGCCGGCCUGCCGGGAUCUCACCGGCUGGGCAUCUUAGCUGCUGCAGAUCUCACUUGCCUGAGACUUCACCUACCAGGUGCUUCUGCUGCCAGAAAUCUGGGCCCCAGGGACUUCACCUGUCAGGGGUCUUACCUGGUGGGGGGGAGCAGGUGUGUCACCUGCUUGAGGUGGGGUGUGGGGUCACCUGCUGGGGACCUCACCCACCAAGGCCCUCAACCCCUAGGGGACUGGUCUAGGGUCCUGCCUGUUGGUGAUGAUUCUGGCGUAUUUCCUAACUGCCUGUUGGGUGUGCAGGGAAGCAAUCCCUGCACCUUUUUCUCAGAAGGGAAUGCUCCGAGGUAAACUGAUGUGUCUGCCUCCUUUA